AUGGGAAAGGCACAGGGUGGCAAGCGCAACAGCAGCGCGGCGGGCUCCUCGCCGUAUGCCAAACCGCAAAAGUCGAACAAUGUCUUCAAGUUCAACACGAAUGUCGGCCAGCAUAUUCUCAAGAACCCCGGUGUCGCAGAUGCCAUCGUUGCCAAAGCCGGCCUCAAGCCUACAGACACAGUCCUCGAAAUCGGUCCCGGUACCGGUAACCUGACGGUCAGGAUAUUGGAGAAUGCGAAAAAGUUGAUCGCCAUCGAGUUUGACCCGAGGAUGGCGGCCGAAGUGACAAAGCGCGUACAAGGCACGCCGGAGCAGCGAAAGUUGGAGGUCAUGCUGGGCGAUGCGAUCAAGGUCGACUGGGUGCCCUUUGACGUCCUCAUCUCCAAUACACCGUACCAGAUUUCUUCGCCGUUGGUCUUCAAGAUGCUGGCCAUGCCCAAGCCGCCGAGGCAGGCCAUUCUCAUGUUCCAGCUCGAGUUCGGACAGAGGCUGGUGGCCAAGCCGGGCGACAAGCUCUACGGCCGAUUGAGCGUCAAUGCCAACUUUUGGGCGACCUGCUCCAAUGUCAUGAAAGUGUCCAAGGCGAACUUCAGGCCGCCCCCUCAAGUCGACUCGUGCGUCGUCCGCAUCGUGCCGAAGCAGGGCAGCGAGCGUCCCAACAUUGCCUUUGAGGAGUUCGACGGCCUGCUCCGGAUCAACUACCGCGUCUGGGCCGCCAUGAACAACGUGGCCCUCGACGACUCGCUGGUGGAGGAGGAGGAGGGCGACGACGCGGCCGACGAGGAGAUGGACCUCGACGACGAGGCCGCCGAGCAGGACGACGACGGCGCGACCGACUUCUUCGCCGCCCUCAAGCCGGCCGAGGUGGAGAAGACGAAGAGCAAGCGCAAGAAGACCAAGGUCGCGGCCCUCGUCCGCCACAAGAUCGAGAGCGCGCUCGAGAAGACGGAGCUGCUGGAGAAGCGCGCCAGGCAGUGCGACGAAACGGACUUUUUGAAGCUCCUGCACGCGCUCAACUCGGAGGGCAUUCACUUUGCAUGA